AUUGUCUCCGACCCCAAGUCAUUUCCCGACGAACUCCUCAUCUCCGACUUCAAGCUUAUCCUCGGCGACACCAAUAUCCUCAGCACUUGGGGUGGUAGUGGGGGUGAUGGAGUUGGUGAGAUCUCUGGAGGCAUGCAAAUUUCCUCUCUAUCUGUGCGUGUCAGCUUGAAUCCGUGUGCGGGCGAGUGGGUGUUUGGGUGGGUUUGUGGGUGGGAGGAUAAAGUUAGGCGGAGGGAGGAUCAGCAUGGCAAACACCUUCUCGUCCUUGUCGUAUCUGGAGCUCGCGGCCACACAAACUCGCACACACGCACCGCACUGCACGCAUCACAGGAUCGUAUAGUCGGUCCAACGGCCGGUCGCCUGCCGUCGUUUCACCUUUGCCCGCCCACAUGCUACUUGCGUUACGACGUGCCUGCAACUGCGGGUUCGACUUCAUGCCACAAACCGUACUCAAACUGGGGCAGGGGCAACUCCCGAACAGCUCAACCGGAACCACCUCGACUGCAUCCUAUUCUGCUAUUGCCCACUAUGUCUCAUCCUGUGCCUCCGCGUGGUCUGCGCAAAUCCCGCCAGUUACGACUGCAAAGUGUGGAGCAGUGGAUUAAUGGCAUUUCGUCGGACUCACCAACUUAUCGGCAGAUUGCAUUACCCCAAAUUGACAUCAGCUCAGACUCAGAGUCCUUCAGCGACGAACUCUCUGACUCCGACCACUCGGCAACCUGUGGUGACACCAGCGUCCCCAGCAUCAGUGAUGAUGAUAAUGAUGAUGAUGAUUGGAACUGCAAAGGUGAAGAGAAAGACGACUAUUACAUGCAGCAGGAGCAACAUUUGCAGGAGGGCUACGCCAGCAGUGGUGAUGAUGGUGGCAGCAUUUAUCAGUUACCUACCCGCAUCGAGUCCUACCAUGACGCCAUGCCUCCUCGCAACACGACGACCGCCCCAAGAGUAAACCACUUACCACCACCUCCUACCCCUCGCCGUGGUGGUAGCAACUAUCAGUCACCUACUCACAUUAGGCACUACCAUGGCGCCACGCCUCCUCGCUCUCCUCCGUUUCCUUACGACCGCAGUUCCAGAGACAGGUCUCCACUGCAACGAACUUCGAAUCGGUUGUCCGGGGAAUAUAAGGCAUGGAAUGUUGGCAAGCUGCAUCGUGACAACUUCGCCGAUGGCAAAUCCUCCAGAUUGCAUGAGGCUUCUCUCAGGAUGAGUUGUCCAAAGUCGCAGGCACGUCGAGCUGUGAGAAACAUGCAGAAAAUGAUGAAACGACUAGAUGUGGGCUGUCAUCGGACCGACUAUGGGACGGCGUAA